AUGGAGUCCCGCAUGGACCAGUACGAGAUCAUGGAGCAGAUUGGGCGCGGCGCCUUCGGCGCCGCCAUCCUUGUGAAUCACAAGAUCGAGAAGAAGAAGUAUGUGCUGAAGAAAAUCCGUCUCGCGAGGCAGACGGAGCGCUGCCGCAAGUCUGCUCAUCAAGAGAUGGCUCUCAUCGCUCGACUACAACAUCCUUACAUUGUAGAGUUCAAAGAGGCCUGGGUUGAGAAGGGGUUGCUAUGUCUGCAUCAUCACGGGCUACUGCGAAGGGGGGGAUGUGAUGAGCUGAUGAAGAAAUUAAAUGGUACUUACUUUCCUGAGGAGAAAUUGCUGAAAUGGUUCGCACAGUUGGUAUUGGCUGUUGACUACUUGCAUUCGAACUAUGUCUUGCAUCGUGAUCUGAAGUGCUCCAACAUAUUUCUCACCAAAGAUCAUGAUAUACGCCUUGGAGAUUUUGGCCUAGCCAAGACUCUGAAGGAAGAUGAUUUAACUUCUUCAGUCGUCGGAACACCGAAUUACAUGUGCCCGGAGCUGCUUACAGACAUUCCCUAUGGAUUCAAGUCGGACAUUUGGUCGCUUGGAUGCUGUAUGUAUGAGAUGGCGGCCCAUCGACCUGCUUUCAAGGCUUUUGAUAUGGCUGGAUUGAUAAGUAAGAUAAAUAGGUCCGCGAUGGGUCCCUUGCCUACCUGCUACUCCUCUUCUAUGAAAUCUCUUAUCAAAAUUAUGUUGCGGAAGAAUCCUGAGCAUCGACCUACUGCAUCGGAGAUUCUGAAGAACCCAUAUCUGCAGCCUUAUGUUGAUCAAUGUCGUGCUCUUUAUGAUGCUUCAAAUACCAUGCGGACACCACCGAAAUCAUUGUCCACUUCACGGAGCAGUCAGAGAAGCAUGUCUGAAAGCCAAAGCAGCAGCAUGUCUAGUAGUGAUAUAGACAGCACACUAUCAAGUGACAGAAGCACAUCAGGUGGAGCUGCAAGUACUGAUACCAAGGUCAUUGAUACUCGAAGCGUUCAUGAUGUGGAUCGAGAUAACUCAGAUGAGAAGUGUGCAACGCCAGAAGAUCUCAGAGGCAACAAAGACCUGAAAAGACAAGAUUCAUCUAAAUCCAUAGAUCAGCAUCACAGGGGUGAGAGUAAGCAACCGAAAAUCAUUGAGAAGAUAAUGACAACCUUAAGAGAGGAGAGCAGGCUUAGAGAAAGCAAUACUCCUGCAAGAACUAGAGGCGUAAAGCCGAGUUCUGCAGCCAGUAAUAAGAAUGAAGCAGAGCAACCAUCAGAUACUUCAAGGUUUAACAACAAUAAUGCUUCAUGCAGAUCAAGGUCUGGUGAUGAUUCAUCUCAUGGAUUGGUCAGUACCAACGAUGGAUGCGUGAACUCAGUGCAAGCUUCACCACCCUCGAAGCAACUGUUACCUAUUGUUGAACACCGUUCAAAUAUCAGAACCUCUCGGUCAUCAACUCCUGAACCUGCCAAACAGGUCAUUGAAAAUGGUUCGGCAGUUUCAGCGAAGUCAAAAAUGAAGACCCCGAGUAGUGCUACUAGACGGGCUAGCCCUCAGCGACGAGUGGGUGUAGGGACAACUGGCCUCCCAGCCACUGUGCAAAAAGGAGCUCAAACUAAGGUCAUGGUGGAGGGUGAGAAAAGUCCAUGCCAACGUGUCCAUUCUCCAGAUAAUACCCCUGGUGAUCUUCCACUUACUGUAAGGCCAUCCAAAAUUCCUUCAGAAGGUCUGAACAUCAUGCCAAACAACUCACAUGCAAAAUCUGCUCCCCGAGAAUUGUUUACUGUCGCAACUAAGGAAGACAUCAGCCCUUGCUCAAGUUCAACAGUUGGUUGUGUUGAAAAGAUCGACCAGUCUGAGAUAUCUGAACCUAACCCACCAGCCUGCUUGAUUUCAUCGCACACAAGCUCGGUGCCUGAUGCUGCUGCUGUGCCAGAAGACAAUGGCCUUACAGCCAUACCACGUUCAGAAAUUAACACAGAAAAAUCGCAGAGGAGUGCGGUUAGUAAUGAUUCAAGCCUGAGCUCUGCUUUGGGUCCAUCCGUUCCGAGCUUUGAACAGGAGUUUGUUUGCAAGGAUGAUGUGCAAUCCAGUAAGCAUGGGCAGAAUAUGGCCACAUUCCAAAGUGGUGAGGAUAAAUUUACUGUCCAAGAGCUUCUCUCAUCGAUGCUACCAUACGAUUCUUCGGUCUCAACAGCAGAAGAUACGAUGUUGGAUAAGGGACCCAAUUCUGUUCAGUCAAUGAAGAAACAAACAUCAAUGAAGAAAGAAACAGGUCCUCAUUUAAACCCACUGGUUGAUGAUGCCAUGCGGCAAAUCAAUUUCAAUGUCAGCAAUGAGCAGCCAAUAUCAGAAAAUGUUCAAGGGGAGACUCAGAACAUGGAUGUCAGCAAACUUCUGAAUGUGGUAAGAGAAGAUCUGGAAGUAAGAAGCAGCUCAUGCUCAUUAAACUCACUGCCUUCUACACCUCUUCCCUCAGUUGCUUCCGAACAGCAUGCUUUGGGAAGCAAUGCUGCCUGCAAGAUACCAGCCGGCUCAGACACAGCAAGAUUAUCUAGUGCCAUCGUCGAUGUGAGAUCUUACAUCUCUGAGGCCAACAUUGUUGUCAAGGAGGAGACAUCCCCUGCCAAGGAAAUGCUCGACGUCACGUCAUUUAGGCAGCGGGCCGAGGCUCUUGAGGGGCUCCUUGAGCUCUCCGCGGACCUACUGGAAGACAACAGGUUGGAGGAACUUGCUAUUGUUCUGAAGCCAUUUGGGAAGAUGAAGGUCUCUCCAAGAGAAACGGCAAUCUGGCUGGCUAGAAGCUUUAAAGGGAUGAUGAAUGACGAAGCGAGUCGCACGUCAAUGUGA